CGUGCAGGGAGCGAGGGGGAAGGCGACGGGAGGGGGACGGUCCUGUCACCCCCACCGGCGUGGAUCUAGAGUGCGGGGCUGAAAAGCCGCUAGCAGCCUGCCAGGGGGCACCGAGUGGGCAAAGUGAACUAGUGCUACAACACCCCCCCUCCGCCGUGCCACUACAUGUGCCUGGCUCCGGCUCCCGAUGAGCUCCUAAUCCGUGGGAAUCGGCCGAGGACUGAGGACCGUCUCUGCACCCGGAGCUGACUGCGAUCAAGAUGGAGAGCGAGAAGAAGAGGAGAAAAUACUCGACGAGCAGCAAUGACUCUGACACCACAGACAGUCAGGUGACCUCGUGGUCCAGGUCAUCCAAGAAUAUGGGCACCAGCAGCACAUGGGUUCGCCACCAGCACAAGAAACCAUCAGAGGUGUUUCGCACAGACUUCAUCACGGCCAUGAAGCUGCCGGACUCGGCCCAGCUCGGCCUGGAUGACUUCUACGUGCUCUCAGACCCCUGGAGACAAGAGUGGGAGAAGGGAGUACAGGUCCCUGCCAACCUGGAGGCUAUACCAGAGCCUGUGGUCAGGUCGCCGCGGGAGUCGACGAGUGGCGACGGACAGGACGGGGACACUCCCACUCCAGCUCAGCACUACAGCUGCUACGACCUGGACGAUCUGGACGUCGCCUGGCUGGAGCUGGUCAACCAAGAGUUCAGACAGAUGGCCUUACCCGAGCUGGACGAGCUGACGAUGGAGUGUGUGCUGGUGGAGCUGGAGAGCGCUUGCGCGGAGAAAAUGCAGCAGGCCAUCGAGACGGAGGAAGGCCUGGGCAUCGAGUACGACGAGGACGUGGUGUGCGACGUCUGCCGCUCGCCGGAGGGAGAGGACGGCAACGAGAUGGUCUUCUGCGACAAGUGCAACGUCUGCGUGCAUCAGGCAUGUUAUGGCAUCCUUAAGGUACCCCAGGGGAACUGGCUGUGUCGGACCUGCGCUCUGGGUGUCCAGCCCAAAUGUCUGCUCUGCCCCAAGAGAGGGGGGGCCCUCAAGCCCACCCGCAGUGGAACCAAGUGGGUCCACGUCAGCUGUGCCUUAUGGAUCCCUGAGGUGAGUAUAGGCUGUCCAGAGAAGAUGGAGCCCAUUACCAAGGUGUCCCACAUCCCUGCUAGCCGCUGGGCCCUGUCCUGCAGCCUGUGCCGAGAACACACAGGAACCUGCAUACAGUGCUCCAUGCCCUCCUGCAUUGUGGCCUUCCAUGUGACGUGCGCCUUUGACCAUGGCCUGGAGAUGAGGACCAUCCUGGCCGAGAACGACGAGGUGCGCUUCAAGUCCUUCUGCCUGGAGCACAGCUGCACUGCCAGCAACAGCGGUGCACCAACAAGCAUCUGCUCCACUUCAACCAGCGUGAACAACGGCAACCACAACACCACCAUUUCCUCCACCAACGGAACCCACGGCACAGCCAGAACAGACUGGGUCACCGCCGGCGUCGGAACUGAGCUCCGACCGGAGCCGCCUCACCAACCAAACUUAUGCAGUGACCUGGAGCAGAGGUCUGUGUUGUUCCCGGUUUCGGUUUCUGUGUUGGCGGCGGAGCGAGCGGAGCGCGAACAGCUGGAGAGAGAGAAAGUGAGCCAGAGGAAACAGAAGCUGCAGGAGCUGGAGGAUGAGUUCUACCGACUGGUGGACCCAAGGGAGGUGGCUGAGAACCUGGGAAUGCCCAUCGCCCAGGUGGACUUCCUGUAUCAGUUCUGGAAGUUGAAGAGGAAGGCCAACUGUAAUCGACCUCUGGUGACCUUAAAGAGGGACGAGGUGGACAACCUGGCCCAGCAGGAGCAGGAUGUCCUGUAUAGACGCCUCAAACUCUUCACCCACCUCCGACAAGACCUGGAGAGGGUGCGUAACCUGUGUUACAUGGUGACACGGAGGGAGAAAAUGAAACACACCCUGUGCGACCUCCAGGAGAAAAUCUUCCACCUGCAGAUACAGCUACUGGAAGAGGACAUGGCUGGAGAGAAAGCCCAGAAGGGAGAAAAGAGGAAGCAGAAUGGAGUGAAGGAGAAAGGGAAGGAGAGGAGGAAGAGUAGUCCUGAGACGAAAAAGGAGAGAUGGAAGUCAGAAAACGGCUCACUGCUAAAAGAGCUAGGUUUGUCAAAGUCCUUCCCCCUGGACAACUCUUUGUUCGACAGCUGGCUCGCCCAGUCGGUUCAGAUCACCGCUGAUGACAUGCUGAGCCAGUGGGCACUGGGUGCCCAGCACGGGGACAAGAGUGGCAGCCUGCUCUCCGACCAGCUCCUGCAGGGCGAGGAGAGCCUGUUAAACCUUAUGAUGGAGAACUCCAUGCAGUCCACCUGGAAAACACCCCAGCUGGGCCGCAGACGGGGAAGCAGCAAACCCCGUGGUCAUGGACAACCCGCCGCCCCCCCCGAGCAGCCGCAGACGCUCCUCUCGACGGCGGCCAUCUCCACCGCCAGCAGCCCCUCCACUGCAAAGAGCCUCCGGGCGAGCGUGGCGGAGGAAAAUCCCAGCCUUGUGAUCCGGAGAGGGGAGAGGUCCAGGGCUUCCUCCAAGGGCAUGCACCAUCACCACCUUCAUCACCACCACCACACCAGGAGCUCUGACCUGCACGGGGACCCAACACCACAGCCACCCAUCUCCAAAAUGGAUUCCUGUCACAUCUCGGAGGCCCCCGGCCCCUGGAACAGCUUCGCCGAGGGGAAUGAUGUCGCAUCAGGAGCUGGAGCUGUUUUCCCCACGGGUUCAUCUCCACUUCCAGCCUCCAGCCCCGGGCUCACGGUUCCCGACACAGGGGCUGUCCUUUGCAGCAGGGCUCCACGGCUCCGUCUGGCCCGCCACGGGAAAUCAAGAGGCAGGGGCAUGAACGGACGUGGAGGCCUAGGGGCACUGGAGUCCAUGGAACUGCCGCUAAGGGACACGUCCCUGCUGGAUGCCACCGAGACUGACGGGUACUUCUCUGACGGCGAGCAGAGCGACUCGGACACGCGCUCUGCCGGACGCAAACUCCGCUUGCCACAGCUGCAUUCUGGGAACGAGGACCUGUUGAGAAGGAGCGUGCUGGCAACUUAAAGAACCAAGAUUCCCGCUGGCUAAUUGUUUCUCCAUCUGUGCCCAGUGAUGGUUUCGUUCAUCCAAAUCCUGGUCACAUCUACCAAUCAGAAAAUCUAUUCAGCUCACCUGCUAUGAUUUUUGGGGGGUAGGAAAAUUUGAAUGUAGCUGUUUGCCUGUCGUACAUUAGAGCUUCUCCGCUGGACUGCAGUUCGUUGUUCUAUAACGCGACAUAUUCAACAAAUAGGAAACAAACGUUACAUUUAGUCAUUUGGUUUCUGGGUGUUAAAGUACCCUGUUCUGGCCUCAUGUCUGUGGUAUCUGUCAGAACAAACACUUUGGGGCAUUAUUGAUAAUUAUUGUGAAUAUUAUUCAAGCUGGUUUCAGGGUCUCCAUCUUGUUUGGUCUUUUGUGGCCUGAGAAGCAUCCAACAAGUCCUUGUUUUCUUGAAUAUAUUCAUUGGAAAGACAAUUUCACACCAGACUUGUUCGAAAUGUGUGUGUGUGGCGGUGACACCAGACAACACGUAUCCAACCUUGAAAAGCACAACUAGCUUGUCAUCAGAGCUGUAUUUGAAGCACUCGUGUGGGUAAUGGAUGCUCCUUCAGGGUUGAGGUCAAUUCUCAUCACGUCAACUCCGUUUCAAAAAGUACUCUUAGAAGACUUCCCCCAAAAUUGUCUGAUUGUCCAGGAUUUGAAUAUUUAAACAGAUAAGGACCUCAACCCUGGGUCUCAUUCAGAUCGCCACACGGAGACGCAAACCCACAGACGCACACACACUGACACACAAACUACUUAAAGCCAAUCCCUUUGCUCACAUCACAGAAAAUAUUGGCUCUGACUUCUGUCGGCUGCUUUCAAAUUCUUUUUGAGUUUUAUUUUCUUUUUUUUUCAGCCCGAAUCUUUGGAGAAAAAAACUCUCUGUAGAAACUCUGUGCCUUCUGUCGCUCGCCCUGUGCCCUUCCCCCCCAAAGCCCCCACUUUCUCAAUCAAUCAAUCAAACAAUCAAUAGGUAGAUCAAUUUUUCAAUCGGAUUUGUAACAAUCAAAACCAAAAGGUAACCCAGUCGGAUUGGUUACCGAGCGUGGCCAGCUCCUUGUCAACUUAACAAUUGCCUAGUGCCUGAAACAAGGAUGUGAAUGCAGCGUUUGCCAUUAAUCAACGAAGCGUCUCACACAGUUUUCGAAGCAGAGCCAAAACUGUGCUGUCUGUGCAAAGAGCUGCCUACUGUUCUAUGCCCCCCCAACUAGAUCACUGCAGUUCAGAGCCGUCGAUGAGCAGAGUUCGGCCCGGUGGCAGAAUCCCAAUGCAAAUCAUAAACUGAUUAGUGACUCACUAUGCUGCUUAACAUGAGCAUCCUCUGUGCAGUUUAAAAUAAUAAUUGUUAUUAUUAUAUCUUUAUUUGUAUAGCACUUAUCUAAACGAGGUCAUGAAGUGGUUAUUUAUCCAUCAUCAUUUAAUGAUUCUUUAAAUUUUGUUUUUUUAUCCCGGGUAAACCCACUUAAAAAAUAAAUUAAAUCUCCUCCCAUUGUCAGUAGAGGAGUUUGCCUUUCUGGUUUCCCCCCCUCGACGUCACUCACCCUGACUUGGGAGUGAAUUCUGAUUGUAUCAAUUCCCAUUGCAGACAAAUGCCAGAUGUAAGUGGCUGUUAGUGGCUUUUUUGACCAGUGGAAAAAGAGGCGUUCCUGCAGCUUCCAGGCGUCAAGAGAAACAAGUUAGUCAUUCUUCAGCUCCUCCAUGUGAUUCUAUAUGAUUUAGCAUUUACGAUAUAUAUUUAUUCAUGUCAUACGAUGCCCAACACUGAGGUCUGCCGUGGCCACGCUCUUCUCACCGAUAGCUCUACUGCACCUUCUCCUGUUCGCCGAACGAUGACAAUGUAAUAAUCACCUUCAGAAGCUCUUAUGUUCAGAAAUUGAGUUGUUUGUAAAUUUGUUUAAAUUUGUUUUUUUUUUAAAUAGUUUUUGGUUGUUCUCUCAGAGAGUUGUAUUUUGUACUUAAGCAGUCCAUGGUAUUUCUCAGGGGUUAAAAAAACGUUUAAAAAGAAGAAUAAAGGGUUAAAAAAUUUAUCAAAAAUUGGACGCAAGGCGAAGAUACAUAUAUAUACAUAUUUUAUAUCAUAUACAAUAUAUAUAUAUAUAUAUAUAUAUAUAUAGUGAUGUGUGUAUGUCUAGAACUUUCCCUAUUUCAUUGUUUGAACUCCUACAUGACUACUACUGAGCAUGCUCCCUCUCUCAGUGUGACCACAUGACCAUCAGCCCUGGGUUUAAUAGUCUCGACCGAUAAUCAAGCUCAUUGUAACUUCAUUACCAGAUGAGCCAGACAUGUCUGAUAAUAUUGGCUCGGUGGUCAACUUCAAGAUCGGACCUUGUAAUUACUUCUCUCGCCUCUUUGCAGCGAAGACCCGAAACCCAUCCGAGGUCAAAUCAGAAAUCUCGUGUGAAAUUUAAGGGCUGCUUUACCCAGGUCUGAUGAACCGACGUUUAAAUAGAGGUGCAGGUCCAAUGUACUUCCUCUGUUGAUUUCUGUUUGGAAACCUUCUCACCUGUCCUCUGAAGUGACCACGCCAAAGAACAGAUCUGUGCAUCAAAGCAGCACAUGUUGCAUCGUAUCUACACAAACACACAUGCACGUGCUCCGACUCUGGUUUUCAAGAUGAAGAAUGUUAGAUAAGGAUGUCAGACUCCUCUGCCAGCGCUCUCUGGGUCGGCUCGGGUUUGAAUUCGGUUUUCCUCGACCUGUUCCGCCCCGGCCUGUUGACGGUUGGGUUUGAAACCCUGAAGGUGUUGUGGUGUGAACCCCUUUACUGGCACUGUUGAUACUGCUCCACCACCAAUACACCUGACCUGGAUUCUCCCAUGAUCUGCAUUCACCAGGGGCUUCGCGCAGGAAAGGCCUGUCACCACAGCAUCGGGCCGGCGAUGGUUGCAAAAACACUUGCAUGUUAAACCCCCUUCAGAAAAAGGCCAAAUGCUGCUGAACUGAACACACGACAUACAGCUUACACACACACACACGCACCAGAGCUGGUAUAACAGGGUUAUAAUGUACAAGAUGAAUAGUUUUUUAUGUAUAUGUGGUCCUGACUGCAUCAGGAAGUAUGAGCUUACUCAGAGUGCAACGCCCCCUAUCAGCAGGAGAGUAUUACUACAGGUGACAGCUCAGUGUCCCUGUCUCCUUCGUCCUUCAGGUGUAGCCAUCGCAGAAGAUUCACACCGUCAGUCUGCCGCAAUUUUCUCUUUUUCAACACAUAUGCGGACACAAAUCUGUAAAAAUCCUCCUCUGAGUUGCAGGGUUGGAAAUUAGGUUUUGUCUCAAGCGAGCAGAUUUUUCUAACGGCAUGAACUCGGGAACAGGCGGACGAUUCUGAAUUUUUGCGUUGGCUACCUCUAUUACAAUCGGCAUGGAAAGUGACCAUAACAACUACCGCAACAACACAAUCGUGUCUGAAAGCGAGGACGUGGUUUUGUGUCAUUCCGGCGCCACGUGAUCCUCCGCCAGGUGGUUAGUACCGUUCUUGUGUUAAUAGGACAGACAAAUGUAAUACUGGUCUCAAUAUUCAAUGUUCAGAAGUAGCCUGACUUUGUAGACAAGGCCUUACAUGUAUGGCCUAGCGCGUAGUAGCCAAUGCCAAGGCUGCACAGUGCUGGCAAAAAAAGAAAAAACUAAAAAAGACUUAAUUUCCUCCUUAGACUUGCUGCUCCUCCAGACUCUCUCUCGUUUGAAAGUCAGAGAGCAGCAUCGUUGUACCUAAAAUUACCGUUUUUCAUAAUUGCAGCUCAGAUUCUUCUUUUCCUAGAUAUUGUGCAGCCUUAGCAAACACAAACUGGUUAUUAUUCUGUAUUUACAGUGUGGCUUCAAUGCCCUCUCCUUCCGCUUCGUAGUUACUGUAGACUGGAGUCUUUUUGCCGGUUCUUUUUUUAUCAAUAUCCAAUAGAGCAACUUCAAAGCAUCGCUGUCAUCUGUGUGGUACACUGGUGUGGGUGUUGGCUCACGGCCUGAAAUGUGCUGUGGUGAUCUCUGAAUUUUGCAACUCUGUCAGGUCCAAUAACCACGGGAUACUUGAUCUAAAUAAGAUUUUCUUUUCUCUCUUUUUUACAUUUAAUCUGUAAAAUCAAUCAGAUGUGACAUCACUGUCAGUAUCAAAAGAAAAUCUGUUACCAUAUUUUAGUUUAUAUUUAGCCUUCUGCUCCAUCUCACUGUUUGGAUUUCAUGGUAAAAGUUGGCAAAUUUUAAAGAUUUCAGUCUUGGUUAAUGUGGCCACAGCUGUCGUUGCAAAUUUUGAAUAUUUCUAAAGAACAAAUGUUAUGAGCUACUGGAUAAGAUAUUAAAAUGAAAAAAAUCCUGGAGACUGCCACUUUGAGAUAUCGUUGGUAAUGGAUAAAUACACGACUUUAAAGUUCUCCAAAGAGUGAGCUGGUGCAUGGGUCAGAAACAUAAAACUCUCCCCCAGGUGUUGGCAUGAAAGUGACUUCACAGAAAUAAGCUGGUGGGCACCCUGCAUGUAAUGGCGGGUCAGAAACACACACCUACACACGGCCAUGAAUUUCUCGACUUCAGCUGAAAAGCUGGUCAAGGGCCGGCGCUGAUUGCUGCAGGUAAUUGGAACAUCGCCCGCAAUUCACACAGCAGCCAUCGACCGCACUGACAUAGUUGUAAAAUGUCUUGGAGAGACAUCACUGCACUGGCAGGGCCGGGUUCCUCACAACUUCCUCAGCUGUGCAAACAUCACGUCAAAAGCUUUUUAUAAGCAGAGAGGUAGUUCAUCCUCCAAUAACAUGAGGACCUUGGAAAUGUUGUACGAGACAAUUUGUGCUCGGUUUGAGCUACGUAAUUAAAACAGAUCAUUAGAUUCCGGGUGGAUGAAAGAGUAAGAUUUUCUCCAUUUGAAGAAAUAGAGUGAUGUUUGCUCAGCGGUGGUUUUGGCGAAUCAGAAGGGCAUCAGAAUGCUGUUAAUAGAAUAUCUCUCUUCCUCUGUUGCCCUUUCUGCCAAUAGGAGUGGUUUGAGGCUGUCGUCAGGUCAGUGAAGCCAGGAUUGGUCAAUGGCUCAAAAUGGACGUUCACGCCCCAAUAAUUUGGGAGCACAAAAAACAAAGUCAUAUAAUCUGAAAAAGAUUGAUGAAGUUCGAAUGACAUCAUGUGAUCGAGACUUGCUCGUGCUUCCUGUUUCUGACAUCAGCGACAGUCCUCGCUUUAUUGUCCUACGCCAGCCGUGUAAACCCACCCACUUACCUACCACUGGAGUUUAUAUACAUCUACAAUAAUGUACAAUACUGUUCAACUACUACUACUACUACUACUACUACUAGACAUUUUAAUUUUCCGUCUUUUGAAAAAGCCUUUGCAAGCUGUUACAUUUAUUUUUCCUUUGUAAUGCUAUAGCUGGCCACCGUGGCUUGUAUCAAAGUAGAAAGCUGACUCAUUACCUGCUUCCUCGGUUUUGUUUGUUUCUGGUUUUUAGUUUUUUUUUUUACUGGCACUUUGCUUUCCUCUCUGUUACAGCAAAGUUAUGGCUUCAAGGUCUCAACAUCCACACACUGCACAGAUUGUAGGUUAAGUCUAGGAACACAGGCGGAGCUGCUGUGGAGGCAGAAACCAGCUCAAUUGUGGGGUUUAAUGUAAACUGGUGGAGUCAAAGAACCACAGUGAUUGGAAUAAGAGGUGUUGAGUCGCUGCAUCAGGACAGUCAGCUUGAACCUGAAAGGUCAGUUUGACACAGUUGAUAAAGUGAAAGUAUUAAAGCCAUAUAUGACAUUUUUUUUAAUGUAAUUUAAGGUAAAAAGCUGAUUUCAAGAUUUAAAAUUAUUAGUUGAUUAGUCGUUUGUAUUGUAUUCUUCAGCUAAAAAUAAAUGUAUUACUGCUGCAAAGAUAAAUCAGUUAAUCAUAACAUUAAUUUAAACCAUUUUGCUAAAUCAAUAAUCAUUUUGUUUUAUUAGUCAUUUCUUACGCAAACCUGGAAAAUAUUCUCUGUUUCCUGUUCCUUGGAUUGGACCAUUUAAUGCUGCUCUUCGUGAUACAGUAGCAGAGCUCGAUGUUCGCUGGCACUCACUCCACUGUUGGAACGAUUUGUUCCAUGGUUGUGAAAGUGUAGAUAAUUAUUCCACAGGCCAAAAACAUGACGGUUAGGUUUACUGGAAACUCAAAGUUUCCCGCAGUCAGCCGACAUUUGACCCUUAGAAGUUAAGCUGUAUAGCUAAGGAAUGGAUAGCUGGACAGUUUUAUUAUUUCUACGUAAACGCCUUUAUUGUACAGUGAAUGUAAAGAGAGGACAGGAAAUAAAAGAGAAGAGACAGACUGGUAAUGCCAUUCAACAAAGGUCAAGGGCUGGCUAUGAAAGAAGAAUCUUGUGGUUCAUGUUCAUCCAUGAGACUAAAUCAUAGAUCAAGUGUACGUCCUAAACUACCAGUUUUACCGUCUGCCAAUUUCUAAGGAACACAUAAAUCAAAGGAAGCCUGCGACGACUCGGCCAAGGUUGCUAAUGAUUAAUCCUUCUGUCUGUUAAAUGUGAAAAAUGUUUAAGAGCCUUCUUCGUUUAAUUCGACCAAGAGUUGAACAUUUAUUUAAAAGUUAUCUCAAAUCCUUACUCGCAUCAGGAAUGAAUCAACUGAUAAUUAUCGGCUUCCUGAGAAGUUAGACCUCUCUCAGCUUCAGAGAGAACAUCACAGAGAGCAGCAGAGUUUGUGUUCAAAGUUGAGGGAAACCUGAAGAAUCAGAUUCAAAUAACUUCCUACAAUUUUUGUUUUUGUUUUUCUUCCCUCGGCCAUUUCAGUCGGCUUUGAUUCCAACAUCACUAAACCUGUGUUUCUGGCUCUACCUUAUAAAGUUCCCCACAAUGAGACGACUUCUGCUUCCAGAGCAGAUCCAAGACAUGUUUUUAAGACUAAAGUUUCUGUCUUCACAAACUGGGAACUGUACUCUGCCUCCACCAUCUCCCUCCUCCCUGCUCUCUCCUGCUCCUCCACCUCCUCCUAUACCAGCAGCUCUGUCCCCUCCACCCCCUCCUAUGGUGUCCCCUCUGUCCACAACUCCUCUCUCGUCUUGCCCGGCUCGUGGCUCCUUCUGAAUCGCAUAUGAAGCAUAGGACCAUUCCCACAAAUUCAAAAAACAGUAGAAGGAGAAAAGUGAUGUCUGUAGCUUUAAGGACAGAGAAUGACAGGCACGUGUAGUGGAGGUACGUGUGAGGAGGGGAAAACAGUGCUUUGCUCCGGCC